AUGGCUGCUCCUUGCGAACAAGUCACGGUCGACAAGGCCUACUUUGAUGCACUCCUUCGCAGAGCAGAUUUCCACACUAGAAGUUUAGGUAUUGGACAUGAAGAUCCCGCCAGCAUCACCAUCUCGAGAGCCGAGUACGACGGCCUUCAUCGCCGGUCUCGGGAAUAUGAGCUCCUGAAAACCUCCCUCUUCUCUGGAGGCAUAACACCGGAGACUCUCGCGUUGCUGAUCUCUGGAGGUCAGGCCCCGCCACCGCAGAGCAAUCAAAAAGUCGGCGGUUGGGCAGACGAUUACGACGAUAACUCAUGUGGAAACCAUCAAUCCUUUCACAACGCAACAUCAUGGAAGUACGGCGAGGACAACGCUGGUCUUCAACCAGGCAAUGGAGCUUACUUGACCAACCAGUCUAGCCUGCGAGUACYAAGUAGUCAACCAUCUCAACGUCACGUCAGCUAUGAGACAGGACCAUCUUCGAUCCCAGCAGACACAGCCUACGAUGAAGCAGAAAGUUACGAAGGCUCGCACGUCUUCAAUAUCAACAACAACAGCGGAAGCUCCAACCAACGCACCCUUUACAUUGCCAAUAUCACGCCCCAAACGWCGUACCGUGAUCUGCUCUCCGUGAUCAAAGGUGGCAAGAUCCUCAGCAUCAACGUUCGCUCGGAGAAGAGCGCCACGGUUACGUUUUUCGAUGCCGCCGCCGACUUCCUCACUUGGACCAAACGCAACGACAUUUACUUGCACUCCAAGCGUCUCGAGAUUCGUUGGGCAGACCGCCAGUUCCGCCUAAACAAGCAUAUCGCCAGUAAGGUCAACAACGGCGCCACUCGUAAUCUCUGCAUUCGCGGUGCUGCAUCUCACGGUCUCUCAGAACAGCAAAUCCGCGAGGACAUGGAGCAUAUUCACGGCCUCUUGAUUGUGGAUAUCACGUAUAGGAAUGGGCCGGGUGAUGCGUACGUGUCGACCAAUUCGGUACACAACGCACUAUUUGCGAGAACUUGCAUGAUGAGCCGAUCGACGUACAAGGGGUGCAAGAUUGAGUUCUAUCCGGAUGAAUGUGAUGUUGAGCUCCCAUUGCCUGCACCGAGAUCUUAUCGUUCGAAGGAGCGUGAGCUAGGAGGCAAGGCAUUCGAGACGAUGAAUCGAUUUGGGAUGUUGGAGCUGGAUAGUGCAGGGAGCAGCGAAGAGGAGAACCGUGGACCAAGAGGUGAGGAUGAUGAAGAUGAUGCAGAGGAGUUUGGAUUCGAUUCGUCUCAGGACUACCACAAUGGCUAUGGAGUCAGUUUGGGAUAG